AUGGGAAAGGAAACAGAAGCUAUAUUUUUGUCAAUGGAGCGCGCUGAGGCUAUUUUGGCUAAUGAACGAGAAGAAAUUAACCUUCUACGCCAGCCGCUAAGAGUGCUUCGAUUGUCUCUUGUCAUGUGCGUGAAGUACAUCACCCGCUAUGUGACAGCACAUUUAACGCCGUCUGUGCUUCAGGUAGCCGUUCCUGUCUUGCUCUUAAUAACUGCAAUGUCCCUUUUUUGGGUCGAUUCUCCUGCUGGUCAUGCGUUUGUCGCUCUUGACGCAGACAAAGAUGGUCUCGUCUCACCCGAGGAUUUAGAGGUCUACUACACCCGGGUGUUAGGCCAUUCCACGGGUAUCGCACAAAAGGCACAAGCUACCUUUCCUAACAAUGCUUCUCGCCUCAAUAAGGCCCAGUUUGUGGGGUGGUGGGAGGAAGGUCAAGGCGAUGUGCUGCGGCGGGAUGCCUUUUUUAGUCAAGGAACAUGGCGAGAGGUGGAGUAUCUGCUUGCUGAUGCCAUAUGGUGGUUGGUGCUUGGUAUACUUUCUUCUGUUGGCUUGGGUACAGGGAUGCAUUCAGGAUUGCUCUUCCUUUUUCCACAUAUUUAUCUUGCCUGUUCCUCCGCAGAUUAUUGUGGUAACACCAACUACUGGACCUACCCUGUCAAUCGUUUUUAUGGUCCACGCGAUCGCACAUUUAUGUGCGUCACGCCCCAUCCUGGCACAUCCGCUCCCUCGACUUUGGCACGUUUAUUGAAGGUGGUUCCCGCGUGUGUUUUUUGGGGUGCGGGAACAGCAAUCGGGGAGAUUCCACCCUACGCCUUGAGCUAUGCAGCCGCUCGACAAGGCAAGCGACACGCGGAGCUGGACGAGGUCUCAAAGUAUGAUGUACUGAAUCAUAUGAAGAUAUGGACAUUGAAUAAAAUUCAACGCUACGGUUUCUGGGCCAUCCUUCUUCUUGCUGCCUGGCCCAAUAUGGCCUUUGACCUUUGUGGAAUGGCAUGUGGGCAUUUCCUUAUGCCGUUUUGGACUUUUUUUGGAGCAACGUUUAUUGGUAAAGCGUUGAUUAAGGUUAAUAUGCAAGCUGUUUUUUUUGUCUUGCUCUUUUCCGGCGACAAUAUUGAACGCAUCAUACGUUUCGUGGGAAGUGCGGUGGGUAAGUUUUUGGUCCUUCCCGCAUCCAUCAGUUCGAAGAGCACCAAGGAAAUAGUAGAGAUGUCUAUUGUCCCAAUAUUAAAAGCACGGGAAACGAUUGCAGCCAGAGCAAGAGGAACUGAAAAAAAUGAUGUGGAGGAGGAAGGAGAUUCGCUCGUUAUGAUGCUUAUGCAUUGGUUUGUGGUGACCGCGGUUGCUUGGUUUGCCAAAUCCAUCAUUGAGGCAUUUGCACAGAGUGAGCAGGAGGAGCGUGAUGCGUUGACCCUGGAGCAUGUAAAAAGAAUGAGUUUACACCGUCACACGCGGGAUGCAAUAGAGGAAGAAGAGCUACGACAUCUCAUAGCCCUUGCUCGUGCUUCUGAGGGGCGAACGUCACUUUCGCCGGUCGAAUCAGCGUUUAUGGCGUUGUUUGCUAUAGCGGCAAUCGUGGGUCUUGUGUCGGGUUUUUACCCCGCAUUUGUGCUCGGCCUCUCACUUUUUGUGCACUCCAUAAUGUGCGCGCUGUGCAGCAAUGCGUCAAUCGACAGGUGGACCUUCUGCUGUGUUCGCUUGAGUCUUGCUGCAGCCGCCCUUUUUGCACUGUACACUCAGUAA